AUGCUACUCAAAAAGGCCCGCGUCAUGGCCGUCGGCCUGGCCCUGCUGCUGUGCCUGCUUGUCUACUGGCACCGCCAAUGGACCGCCGAGGAGGAGUUCCCCGUCGUCGCCCAGCUGCCGCCGCUGGAGAUGCCGCCGUGGCCCAUCGCCGAGGAGCUGUGGCGGGCGCCUGGCAACAGCUCCUGGAAGCCAACCUUCCCCGUCUCCAAGAUGGCGAGGCCGCCCAUGGCCGAGACGGAGCCGCUGCCCCAGAUCCAGGCCACCUUCGACGUCGAGUCGAUGCAGGCCCAGGCCACCCGCCUCGAGCGCCAGAACGCCGUGCGCGCCGCCUUCCUGGCCUCGUGGCACGCCUACAAGAAGCACGCCUGGAUGGCCGACGAGCUGCGGCCCAUGUCGGGCGAGAAGCACAACGCCCUGGGCGGCUGGGCCGCAACCGUCGUCGACUCACUCGACACCCUCUGGAUCAUGGGCCUGCACGACGAGUUCGCCAAGGCCGUCGCCGCGCUCGAGGGCGUCUCCUUCAACCGCACCCGCCUGGCCGAGGUCAACACCUUCAAGACCACCGUCCACUACCUCGGCGGCUUCCUGUCCGCCUUUGAGCUUAGCGGCGACGUCCGCCUCCUGCGCAAGGCCGUCGAGGUCGGCGACAUGAUGUACAAGGCCUUCGACACCCCCAGCCACAUGCCCGUCACCCGCUGGAACGCCCGCGCCGCCGUCACCGGGCUCAACCAGACCGCCGCCGCCAACGCCGAGGCCGCCGAGGUAGUCGGGCUGUCGAUGGAGUUCACGCGCCUGUCGCAGAUCACCGGCGACCCCAAGUGGUUCGACGCCGUCCAGCGCGUCAACGAGCGCUUCGCCGCCGCCCAGGACGACACCGCGCUGCCCGGCAUGUGGCCGCAGAGCAUCGACGCCCGCCAGGUCCGCCUCACCUCGGGCACCGUCUUCUCCCUCGGCUCCAGCGGCGACUCCAUGUACGAGCACCUCCCCAAGAUGGCCGUCCUCACCGGCGGCCAGCUGCCCGUCUACCAGUCCAUGUACGAGAAGGCCAUCAACACCUCGCGCCGCACCAACUUCUUCCGCCCCAUGCUCCCGGGCAUGCAGGACGUCCUCGUCGCCGACACCGUCCACGCCAAGGAGGUCGACGGCGAGCGCCGCAUCAACUACGAUUACCGCGCCCAGCACGGCGCUUGCUUCGCCGGCGCCAUGCUCGCCCUCGGCAGCCGCCUCUUCGGCCGCCCGAAGGACCUCGCCCUCGCCUCCAAGCUCACCGACGGCUGCGUCCUCACCGCCCAGGCCUUUCCCUUCGGCAUCAUGCCCGAGUCCGUCGCCGUCGCCCCCUGCAUGUCCGCCAGCACCUGCAAGUGGGACGACGACCAGUGGCGCCGCGAGGUCCUCAUGGCCCACGACAUGAGUCCCGCCAACAUCUCCCUCGCCCAGCCCCUCAUCGACGCCGCCAGCCUCCCACCGGGCUUCACCCGCGUCCACGACUCCCGCUACACCCUCCGCUCCGAGGCCGUCGAGAGCGUCUUCGUCCUCUACCGCGCCACCGCCCGCCCCGACCUCCCCGACGCCGCCUGGGACAUGUUCACCGCCAUCGACGCCGUCACCAGGGCCGACAUGGGCCACACCGCCGUCUCCGACGUCACCAACCCGAAGCGCGACCCGGACGGCAUGAACUCCAUGGGCACCGUCUGGAUGGGCUCAACCCUCAAGUACUUCUACCUCAUGUUCUGCGACCCCCAGAUGCUCAGCCUCGACGAGUACGUCUUCAACACCGAGGGCCACCCCAUGAAGCGGCUGAGGCGCGCCGCCGUCGAGCCAUGA